CUUCCCAUUAUUUGAGGGGGCGAGAGAGAGAGAGAGAGAGAGAGAGAGAGAGGGGUUGAAAAGGAGGAGCGAUGGAGAGUGAAUUUCAGGACGGAAAGGAGGAAGUUCUUCAGGCUUGGUAUAUGGAUGACAGUGAGGAAGACCAGAGGCUUCCACAUCAUCGUGAACCCAAGGAAUUUGUUUCCCUGGAAAAACUCAAGGAACUGGGUGUUGUCAGCUGGCGCUUGAACAAUCCUGAUAAUUAUGAAGUUGAUGAGGACCUGAAAAAGAUUCGUGAGGCCCGUGGCUAUUCUUACACGGACAUAUGUGAAGUGUGCCCAGAAAAACUACCAAAUUACGAAGCCAAGAUUAAAAGUUUUUUCGAAGAGCACCUGCACACUGAUGAAGAGAUUCGUUAUUGUCUUGAAGGGAGCGGUUACUUUGACUUGAGGGACAAAAAUGACCAGUGGAUUCGUGUAGCUGUCAAGAAAGGAGGCAUGAUAGUCUUGCCUGCUGGAAUCUAUCACCGAUUUACAUUGGAUUCAAACAACUACAUUAAGGCAAUGCGUCUGUUUGUCGGUGAGCCUGUGUGGACUCCGUAUAACCGUCCACAUGAUCAUCUCCCUGCUAGGCAAGAGUACUUGGCUGCUUUUGGUAAUGAAGAAGUUGCUAGUCAUGCUGUGGAGGCUAACUAAUGGCCAAUAAUAAGAUUGAUUAGUCCUUGUAUUUCUCCAUAUGUAUACAUAUUAAGUAUUCUGGUGAAUAAGGUUCACUGAAGACCACCUGGUUUUGUUGGAUUCUAUGGUUUGUGUAUUUGAUAAGGUGCAUGUCAUAACAUAAUCAAAACUCAGUAUUGAAAUCAUUGUUAUGAAAUGCCUAAUGUUGUUGAUAAUA